AUGGACAACAAUUCUCGGCAGGAGAAUGACUUCCUGGAACAGCGUGAGGACGUACUAGAGAAGCUACAUACAUUCCAGGCCCCAUACGAAGGUCUCGAGUCGUUAUUCUCGCCAUUUGAGAACUAUACUACACGUGCUGCACGGGCGACAUUCAAAGAUGGCCGAAUGCUAGCCGAACUUCGAGACGAUGCUGCAAUCAUCAACCUACUGUCGGGCUCAUAUUCCUCGCUGGAGCUGAUACGCCACAGCGUCCGAAAGGACAUGACUGUGCAUGCAGUAGACAACACUGCUGCGGUCGUGGAUGCUUAUCGACGUCGUCGAAGCGGCGAAGGAUUGUUUGUCGACCCUUCUGUGCCAUCAAGAGCUUUGUCUCAUCGCAGGAAGCCCGAUAGGCUUGUCACCAUUGACAGUGACAACGUCCACAUCGUUCGAGACCUCUCCAACCAGAAAUGGGAUCUCGAAGCCGUGCUGAUCGAGGUCGACCAGUCCAGCCUGAUGUCGCUGAUCUCAAAUUACCAGCAAGUGAUCAGGCGCGGUGGACCAGACCUGCCUAUGGCGGAAACCUUACAGCUACUGGACACCCUUAUCGAGGAUGCGCGUCGUUUGUGUAUACGCAGUCCAGUUCUGUUCCGCAUGUCGACCAGGAAGCUCAUCGUGGCCAGCAAGAACACACGCUAUGGCGUCGACGACGGUGUUAUGUUCAAGACUCUGACAACAUCGACGGGCAUCAGAAACAUCCUAGAACUCAGCGCUUCGUACUACAAUUCGCUGCCGGAUUCAAUACAAGGCUCAUCCGAGAGACAGCAGGUCCGAGCGGAAGUGAGACCUCGCUUCCUCCAAAUGGUCGUCCUUCUGCUGGCUCUCCUCAAUGACAAUGACCUUAGACAGCUUGAAGCUUUCCUUGAGACUACCUUCCGCAUUAAGGCGGAUCGACAGAAUCUAGAGCUCUUGAUUCUGAAAGUCUUGCCUCUGUCGUCUAUCAACUCCAGGAUCUUCCUUCAUGCCUUGGUGACUGCCGUCGACGGCCCUCUGGUCAGACCAUCGCAGCAUGAGGACGAUCAGCGAGAGAUUUGGAAAGCUUUUCUAGGGCAUAUUCUGCAGCUUGGCUAUGUCGUGCCUGGUAGCAUCGACGAAGUAUGUGGACCUGACCACUCAUGGAUAAUUACUUGGCCCGGGGACGGUCUCAAGGACACAAACAUCUUCCGGAAUCUUCAGUACAACGGCGAGUCACGAACCAUAAAUGAGAUCCCCCGCGUGGACCUUAAUCCAGAAUUUGCUGCCGGUGCGGAGCUGACUGUCAUUCUUGCCAAUGGCGUCCGCUUUGUCAUCGCAAGCGCUGAUCUGGAGAAUAUCAUCCGAAUGAGUCCUGGUCGGUACUCUGUCAACGAAGCUCGCAGUGGUGGACGGUCUCUCGAUCUGGAUAUUGACGACACUUGGUCGAUCUUGCCCCACCGAUCGACUUCAGUCGUGCUCUUCGAUUCCGUCUUUCGGCCAGGGCGAUCCAAGUACGACGACUCCACACUUGCAGAGAUUCGUGGAUGCGGGCGUCUCACUUAUCACUGCGCUCGACUCAAUGGGGAGUGCCUUGCAGUCACCUAUAAGAUCGACGGUCGAGCUAUUGGACGGAGGGAGCUCCUCAGGCUGCUUCAGGGGGACCUCAGCAAGAUCGAUGUCAUGGUCAAAGCAGUACAGACUACACUGUCGACUGCAUAUGACGGCCGCAAGACCAGCCAAAACAUCGCAAGCACAUUGUUUCGUUUGCAAGAAGAGCUUGCCGCCGUCAACUGCUAUGUUGAGGAGGCCAACCGGCGCAAAAUGCAAAUGCUCAGAUACGAGGCAUCGCUCCACACUGAGCCUGUCGCCAAAGUCCUGUACCAAGUGGGCGCAAGGGACACGCAGAUUGCGCUAUGGCGAGAGUACUGCAUGUGGCACCAAGCGAACGAGAAUGUGCUAUACGUCGACAGCGAACGUAGAAUGGUCAAGGAUGUCCGCUGGACAGAGGAACAAACCUUGGUGGUCACGUUCCACGAUGUACCUCACAUGCAGUACUUUGCCACGCCACUCAGCAAGGUAUCUGAAAGUGAGAUUGGAGAGCAGUUGAAAAUUGGCGAUCAUGUGCUGCUCUGUGGACAGUAUAUGUGCAUCGUCGAGCAAAGCGGCGAGAGCUAUCAACCUACCGGCCUCGCACCUGGUGACGAGGCAAUUUGGCGAAAGAAUUUGCAGGUGCCAAUUCGACAGCGACGACCUGUCGCAAACAAUGUGCUCAACUACGAUUCGCAGCCACCGCCACCGCAGCAGAGGCGUGUUCCACAAUCGCUUCGACCUGGAAGUCACCAGCAAAGGUCUUUUGCGAUCCGCAAUCCUACAAUACCGGAGCUCGAUACCGAAGCAGUCUAUAGUGAGGCAAGGGCCCAGCAGCAAGCUUUCACACAUGCUCAACAACAGCGUCAGCAGUACCAGCAUCAGCGAUAUUAUGCCAUUGCCCAAGAUCAAUCACAAACUCCAGUCCAGUCAAGUCCCUCGUCACAUAACAGUACCGGCAGUCCGGGCAGCGCCAACUCUGAUUCCACUUCCAGCAGCGACUACAGCCAGCCUGCAGCAUCGCCAACUUCCAGGCCACGUGCACCGACCAACAGCACUUACAGGCCGUCCCAGUCCCACCAAGCCAGGGUCCUCCUCAUCAGCAAUCACCACAGCACCACUCGUCCUACUCACCGCGGCAAGCGCAAACAUCUCAACAGCAAUACCAAUGUCCUCCACCACCCACUCAAUUCCAACCACCCCAACAGCGUCAGCCCCAAUACCUCCGACCCCAAGCCACCAUCCAACAGCACCAGCAGCAAGACGCCGCAAACACGUACGUCACCCGACCGCUGGAGAUGGUGGUCAACUGGCUACGAAUCACAGGUGUUGAUACCAGGGGCCCUGCGGCGCCCAGAGGUGCGAAUCGCAGGGCCGGGCCAGGGAGGGUCCGGAGCUAUAUACGAUAGGAUGUGA